AAUCACAGACACAGAAGGAGCCAAGCAAAGCAUGAUCACAAACUUGCUGCUCUCCUAAGCCUUACAGAGCACAAGCAGGCAGCGCCAGCCAGACAUCUUAGAAACGGCAUAGGGGACACAGGAAAGAGGAAUUUCGGGAUUUAUCGUUUUUUUAUGCUUUAAAGAGGAGAGACCCACUGAACGUGACUAGGGAUCUGGGUGGAUAUACACUAUAUGCUGCUGACACUUUAAUCACCAGGCUUUUUGCAGCCUUCCUCGUAGUGUCUUUAAGGCGUGCUGGAGACUAGGGUAAAAGCCAUUAUGGAACCAGAGGUACUCCGUGAUGUGACCAGAGGCUAAAUCCUCUAAUGCCCUCUGUGACUUCAUUACUGCACUUAGUGAAAGCACGAGGAUACUUGUGGCUGCACUUUUAACAUGUCUGGAUCAACCCAGCCAGUCCCCCCUAACAGGAGGGGAGGAGAUGCCAGAUAUCCUUCACAUGCCAUAUCAUACCCAAUGCAGAUACCCCGUGCACAUGCGGAGGCAAAUAUUUUAGAUUAUCAGCAUCAUUCGAGAGAUUAUAAUUCACAUUUGGGCCAUGGAUCUGUUCUCAUGCCACAGCGGAGAAGGCCGUCACUUCUCUCUGAAUUCCAGCCUGGGAUUGAAAGGGCCCAAGAGAUGCAUGGGAGAGGAGAUUCCCACCAUUACAUAUCUGACGUGAACAAGCAGGCGGAUAUGGACAUAGGAGAGUCAAAGAGGCCCAGGCUAGACCUGCUGCAAGAUCAGCUGAUUCGACAUUCACCACUUCUCAACCAGAACCAACAUGGAGUCGGUGAAGAUCUGAGCAAGGAUCGUUGUCUCAGUGGGAAGUUAGAGCCAGUGUCCCCUCCAAGUCCUUCUCAAGGUGAUGGAGAUAUGGACCUGUUACCAGCUAGACUCUCCAAGGAAGAACUUAUACAGAACAUGGACAGAGUGGACAGGGAAAUCACCAUGGUGGAGCAGCAGAUCACCAAGUUGAAGAAAAAACAGCAACAAUUAGAGGAGGAAGCUGCCAAGCCAUUGGAACCUGAGAAACCAAUCUCCCCUCCACCAAUCGAAUCGAAACAUAGAAGCCUGGUGCAGAUCAUCUAUGAUGAGAACAGGAAAAAAGCAGAAGCUGCUCACCGGAUACUAGAAGGACUGGGCCCCCACGUAGAACUGCCAUUAUACAACCAACCUUCAGACACCAAGCAGUACCAUGAGAAUAUUAAAAUAAACCAGACUAUGCGCAAAAAGCUCAUCUUGUACUUUAAGAGAAGGAAUCAUGCACGCAAGCAGUGGGAGCAAAAGCUGUGUCAACGAUAUGACCAGCUGAUGGAGGCCUGGGAGAAGAAGGUUGAACGUAUUGAAAAUAAUCCCCGAAGGCGAGCCAAGGAGAGCAAAGUCCGUGAAUAUUACGAAAAGCAAUUUCCAGAAAUCCGCAAGCAGAGGGAACUUCAAGAACGCAUGCAGAGCAGGGUAGGACAGAGGGGAAGCAGCCUGUCCUUAUCUGCAGCACGCAGCGAACACGAAGUGUCAGAAAUUAUUGACGGCCUCUCAGAGCAGGAGAACCUGGAGAAGCAGAUGCGCCAGUUGGCUGUCAUCCCACCCAUGCUGUUUGAUGCAGAGCAGCAGAGAAUCAAGUUCAUCAACAUGAAUGGCCUAAUGGACGACCCCAUGAAGGUGUACAAAGACCGGCAAGUCAUGAAUAUGUGGAGCGAGCAAGAAAAAGAAACCUUCAGGGAGAAGUUUAUACAGCAGCCAAAGAACUUUGUGUUUGUUGCUUCAUUCUUGGAAAGAAAGACUGUGGCAGAUUGUGUCCUGUUCUAUUACUUGACGAAAAAGAAUGAGAACUACAAGAGUCUUGUAAGAAGGAAUUAUCGGCGGCGCGGGAAAAAUCAGCAGCAGAUGCCCCGCAGUAACCAAGAAGAAAAAGAUGAAAAAGAGAAGGAGGUCGAUAAAGAGGAAUACAAACAGGACCUGGAAAAUGAUAAAGAGGAGCUUGGAAAAGAGAAAAAUGACGACACAUCCGGUGAAGAGAAUGAUGAUAAAGAAACCAUAACCGCCAAAGGACGCAAAACUGCCAACAGCCAAGGCCGGCGUAAAGGUCGGAUAACUCGGUCAAUGGCAAAUGAAGCCAAUGAAGAAUCUGCUGUACCUCCGCAGAAUGCAGAUUUAGCUGCCAUGGAGAUGAACGAAAGCUCAAGGUGGACAGAAGAGGAAAUGGAAACUGCAAAAAAAGGUCUGUUUGAAUAUGGGCGCAACUGGUCUGCCAUUGCAAGGAUGGUGGGUUCCAAGACUGUAUCCCAGUGUAAAAACUUCUACUUCAACUACAAGAAGAGGCAGAACCUAGAUGGCAUCUUACAGCAGCACAAACUGAAGAUGGAAAAGGAACGAAACAACAGACGUAAAAAGAAAAAAGCAGCCCCAAUGGAAGAAGAGGUCCCAUACCCUCCCACGGUAGAGGAUGAGGAAAUGGAGGCAUCUGGCAUGAGCGGCAAUGACGAGGAAAUGGCAGAAGAAGGAGACCCUGCUGUUAAUAAUAGUUCAGACACCGAAAGCGUUCCCUCACCGAGGCAUGAGGCCAAAGAGAGUAGAGAGAAUGAACCCAAGCCAACGGGAGUGUCUGUGCAGCAAGCAGCCCACAAAGAGGUGCCGAUUCCAAAUAACACCACUGCAGAGCAAUCUCAGGAGGGUGCAGCAAAGGUUUGUAAUGAUCAGGAAGAGAAAGUGCAAACUAAGGUGGAACCAGAUCCUGGCAUGGUCAAAGAAGAAAAUGAUGAUGAAGGAAAAACCUUUGAGGAGCUUAAACAGAGGGAGGUCAAACAAGAGGAGCAAGAGGACUGUAAAGAAAAUGUGGUGGAAAAGGUAGAGGAGCAGCCAAAUGAGUCUCCAGAGGUACCAGCUAAAAUGGAAAAGAAGCACAGCAAGCACGAAGGAAAGACAAACGCAGACAGUGACUCCAGCGCUACAUGCAGUGCAGACGAAGCGGAGGAGCAGGACCCUGCGGAUAAAAACAGGUUGCUGUCUACCCGGCCCAGUCUGCUGAGCUCUGGUACUGAUGCAUGCUUGAACUCUUCACCUCAGAAGCCACUGGACCUCAAACAACUGAAGCAGAGAGCGGCUGCUAUCCCACCUAUAAUCUCAGAUGGUUUCUCGGAGUCCGCUCCACCAUCUGCUACAGUGAAAGCUCAGAUGACCCCUCACGCUUUGGCCCUUUACCAAGAACAAAUCACCAAGGUUCACGAGUCUGCCCUGGAUGGGCUUGCACUCUCCAAGCAACCUGCACCCCACUUACCAUCUGACAUGGAGCAGCAGACAAUCAGUAGCCCCAAAGGGAAGUGUAGAAGCCCGACAAUUGGGGACCAGGAUGAUAAGGUUUCCUAUGCAGCGUUACAAACAGAGGGUCAGAGGUCAAGUACAGAGCCGCCAUGUGUCCCGCCUUGGCCCUCUACUGCCCUGCAGUACCAAGUGCCUGCCAGAGAAUUGUUAAAGCCGCCCUCUCAGCAUGAAACGGUGUCUCAGUAUAACUCCCAAGUACACCCGAUGCCACUAAACUUGCACGAUGGCUCACGUCCUGGGCUCCCUCGUGUUGCUAGCAUAUCCAAUCCCCCUCCUCUUAUAUCCUCCAGCAAACACCCUGCUGCUAUCGAGAGGUCUAUGGGCUCCAUAUCUCAGGGCGUCCCUAUCACUCUUCAUGCCCCAUAUGGUUCAGAACAUGCAAAGGUGCCUGUGGGCUCCAUCAUGAUGGGUUUACCAAUGAGCAUGGAGUCAAAGAAACUGGUGCCUUUCCUACCUGUGAAACAGGAGCAGCUGUCUCCUAGAAGCCAACAGAGCCAGCCAGAGAACCUAGUAAUGCAGACACCGCAGGAGACCUCCAUAUUCAGAGGAACCUCUCAAGGAGGGAGUCUCACCAAGGUUGUUCCAAGCAAUAAAACCUCUCAAGACAACCCAAUAACAUACAGAGGGUCUAUCACUCACGGCACUCCAGCUGAGGUACUCUACAAGGGGACUAUAACGAAAAUCAUGGGUGAAGACAGUCCUGGAAGGGUAGAGAGGAUGCGAGAGGAGGCACUAUCCAAAGGUCACGUCAUAUACGAAGGCAAGAAAGGCCAUGUCCUAUCCCUCGAUGGCAACUCAACAUCUCAGAACUCCAAAGAGGACAACAGGACAGGUGGCGCCUCUCAUGACACCAGUGCUUCUAAACGGUCUUAUGAUAUGAUGGAAGGAAGGAUACCUCGCGGUUUACAGGUCCGUGAGUUGCCUGGUGGUCCCAUUGAAGGCUUAAUAGGAAGAGCAAUCCCAAGUGACAGACACAGUCCCCACAGUAUGAAGGAACAGCAGCAACACAUCAGAGGCUCCAUUACACAGGGAAUUCCUCGAUCUUACAUUGAGGCCCAUGAGGACUACCUCAGGAGAGAAGCCAAGCAACUGAAGAGAGAAAACACUCCACCGCGUGGCCUGCCUGAAAGUUUCAAAAUUAGGCAACAUGAUGGUAUUUCGGGCCCACUGAAGCUAAAGGCCCACGAAGCCAUGGUGGCAACCGUGAAGGAGCCAGGAAGGUCUGUCCACGAGAUCCCUAGGGAAGAAAUGAGGCACACACCUGAGAUCCAGGCCACUGCUAGGUCACACAAAGAAGGGUCAAUCACACAGGGUACACCUCUGAAGUAUGACAGCAAUUCUUCUGUAAGUGCCAAAAAGCAUGAUGUGCGAUCUAUAAUCAGUAGCUCGGGACGGCCGUACCACCCUAUGCACCCAAUGGAGGUUAUGCAAGAUCCUAGGACUAUGGAACGAGUAUGUUAUGAAGAAGUGCUGAAAAGUCGACCGACUGCAGUCACUAAUUCUGGUGGCUCCAUAACAAGAGGAGCUCCAGUAAUUGUACCAGAUCCUGGAAAGCACAGGCAGAGUCCUUUAUCUUAUGAAGACCACCAGAUGGGACACAAUGCAACUUAUAGCAGCCAUAUAAACAGAUGUUCCCCUGUGACUACAAGGGAGUCAACACAAAGGCAGCAUGAAGGGAGCAUAACGUCUGGCAAGCCUGUGACUCAGGAGAGGAAAAGCACCCCAAAUCCCAGAGAAAUCGCGAAUGCCAAGUCCCCUCACACUGCAGUUCCAGAGCAUCUCCAUGCCAUGUCCACUUAUGAACACUUACUGCGGGGAGUAAGCCAGGCUGAUCUCUAUCGAGGUCACAUACCUUUAGCAUUUGAUCCUGGAGCGAUUCCUAGAGGCAUUCCAUUGGAAGCAGCUGCCUACUACCUGCCCAGACACUUGGCCCCUAAUCCUGCCUAUCCUCACCUCUACCCACCAUACCUCAUCCGUGGAUAUCCAGAUUCUGCUGCCAUGGAGAACCGCCAGACCAUCAUCAAUGACUACAUCACAUCUCAGCACAUGCACCAUAAUGCAGCCUCCGCUAUGGCACAGCGGGCAGACCUGUUACGUGGACUACAGCAGAGGGAUUCCUCCUUGGCACUCAGCUACCCAGCAGGUCCUCGAAGAAUUAUAGACCUUUCUCAAGUGCCACAUCUGCCAGUCCUGAUACCGCAGUCUGCAGCCUCAUCCACUGGCACCAUGGAUCGUAUAACAUACAUCUCCGGAGCCCCCCAAAGCUUCAGCACCCGACACAGCAACUCCCCACUAUCACCAGCAACCACCACAACUCAUGUGACAAAGCAGACCUCAUCAUCUUCUGAGCGAGAACGAGAAAAAUCUGUGCUGACUACUACUGUGGAGCAUGCACCCAUAUGGAGACCUGGUACUGAGCAGACCAGUGGCCGCUUGUCCACACAGAGCCACAGUCACCAACAUUCUCCUGUGUCACCGCGGGCUCAUGAAACUAUCCAACAGCGUCCAAGUGUUCUUCAUAAUACAGGCAUGAAAAACCUCAUGACAAGCACAGAAAGCGUGACACCUACUGUACUGCGGUCAUCCUCAAGCUCUUCACCUAUUCGAUCUGCUAUGCAGCUGACUGCAGCUUCUCAUCGCUCAGCUGGUGGAGCUGAGAGCUACCAACCUGUUGAUCAUGCCAUGGUACAGAAGGACAUAAGGGCACGCGAAGCCAAGGUAGAACGUCCCAGGAAUGAAAACUAUUACAACUCCAAGCUGCCUCCUUCAGUGGUAGAACAGGCAUCGCCUAUUAAAGUCAUGGAGUCCAGGCCUCUUCCCACAACUGGGGCCAGUUCCGCUCACCAGUAUAACAACGGACAGGGGAAAAGUCAACAUCAUCAACCCCUGGACCAGACUGCGGUAUCAGCCAGUGAGCAGCACAAUAGGGACAAGACCACAAAUAAACCCUUUUCCAUGCAGGAACAGGAGCUUCGAUCACUCGGUAAGACCACCAUGACUGCGGCCAACUUCAUAGACGCCAUUAUCAUGCGUCAAAUUUCUUGCGAUAACGGGAAGCGAGAAAGAGGCUCGCUAAAUAUCGACGCCAAUAGUGAUGGAUAUCCCACUGGGUACAGCCCCGACAGAUGUGAUGCAGUUAGCCCUAUGAAUACGCCUGGGCUGUCUCAUGAGAAGGGCCUCCGAGUGGCUGUACAGGACCCAGAGAGUGCACGUGUGGAUCAGGAGACUCGACACAAGCAAGUGCCACUAAAACAUAUAUCAGAAGGCCAUAUGCGACAGAAAGUCGAAGGCCAGCAGUCACCUUGUCACCCAACACAGUGUUCCUCAAAAAAACAGCGGUUGGUCACGUUGGCUCAGCAUAUUAAUGAGGUGAUCACCCGAGAUUAUACCCAAAAUCAUCCACAAAUCCAAGCUCCAGUGUAUUACCCUGGAACUGUCGGUUCAGUAUUGGACCUCAGGCAGAAUGCCAACGACGCUGUCCUUCAACAGCAAGAACAGAGUCAAGCUGCACGAAUAUCUCCUGGAAGCAACGGAGACAAAAGAUCUCCUGAUCAAAACAAAGCAUCUACGUUGAGUGGCUCAGAAGAUGGUAUCGACCCCAUAUCUCCACCAGAGGGCAUGGGAGAGCCAGAGUAUACUAGAAGUGCCACAUAUCCCACUUUAUAUAGAGAGGGAGAUCAAACCGAACCAAGAAUGGGUUCGAAAUCCCCAGGGAACAACGCACAGCCCCCAGCUUUCUUCAGUAAGCUGACCGAGAGCAACUCUGCUAUGGUUAAGUCCAAGAAACAGGAGAUCAUUAAAAAGCUUAGUACAACCAACAGGAAUGAGCCAGAGUAUAAUAUUGGGCAGCCAGGAACUGAAAUAUUUAACAUGCCAGCCAUCACUGGAGCAGGACCCAUUAGCUGCAGAACCCAGCCAGUGCCGGAGAACUCAAACAGCAACAUGGGAUUGGAGGCCAUUAUUAGGAAGGCCCUAAUGGGUAAAUAUGAUGAACAGUGGGACGAUCGCUCAGCUCUCAAUACCAAUGCUUUUAACCCUUUGAAUGCCAGCACAAGCCUGCCCUCUGCUAUACCCAUAACAGCUGCUGAUGGACGGAAUGACGACAUGCGAUCCUUGCCAGGCAGUGGAGGGAAACACAAGCUUUCCAGGCCAAGCAGCAGAAAAGCAAAGUCGCCAGCACCAGGCCAGCCGUCUGGAGAAAGACCUCCUUCUGCGUCAUCUGUGCACUCAGAGGGUGACUGCAACAGGAAAACCCCUCUAACCAACAGAGUCUGGGAAGAGAGGCCAUCUUCUACAGGGUCAACACCAUUUCCAUACAAUCCACUAACAAUCAGGCUACCUUCAGGUCUGGUUGCUGCUCCUUCCUCCACAUCCAUUCCACAGAGUAACUCUGGCAACCCACAGAGGGCUCGAGAUGAAGAGCCUAAACCGCUGCUUUGCUCUCAGUACGAGACUCUCUCUGACAGCGAGUGAUCAACGUCUUUGCGGCCAGCCAAUCACAAGAGAAGCUCUAAUCAUUAGAGGAUGUCCAAAGCCUUUCUGACCAUUUGAAAGAAAAACAGCCAAUGCUAUCACGCAACAGGAAAACUGAGGGGGGGACGGACAGACACAAAGUAGUCUACAGUUUGAAAAGCCUUAAAAUUACUCCUUAAUCUUUACUUGAUGGUCAAUGUGUUUUUACACUUUCUGGCAUGGGACUGCUCAGGAAGGAGUGGAAGGUCCCAGAUCUCAGAAAGAUUGGAUAUUUUUUCUGUUCUAUACUCAGGGGAUAUUUCCACCUGGUGCUUUGCUACAUUGCAUUGGUUUGUUAACAAAGCUGACUCGUAAGCGUGAUGACGUAUGUCUGUGUACAAUGUAUACGUAUGUACAUGUGUUCAUAUGCACUUAAAAAAAAGAAAAUAUAUACACAUUCCAGUUUAUUGCACACAGACCUAGCAGUGCAGAGCAGCUGCAUGCACGGCCAUUGCAGAACUGUUACCGAUCGGGUUUAAGAUCCUUCCAAAGGCUUCUUAACCUAGUUUCUCUCCAUGACACAUCAGAGGUAGUGCGAACAGCUCUCGAUAUGUCUCCCCCGGCCCCCACAUAUACUUAAAGGAAUGUUUUGCUGAAGGAUUACUAGUGACGUGAAAUAAAGACAACCUUUUGCGCAA